UGAAACUCUGUUGUUGCAUUUUCCCACUUCCCUCUUUUUUAGUUUCCCUCGUUCGUCCAUAAAGCUUCAACGACUACCAUCAAUGGCCGAACUAAGUUUUCAGGAUUUCUAUCUUUCCUUUCUUAACUGAAAGUAAUGUACCCUUCCGAAGAUGCUUAAACCAGACACUUCAUCUCUGUUUGUACAGCUUAAUUUUAUUAACGACCAUGUCGGAGGUCGAUAGGUUGCUUACCAAGAAAGUUGCAGAUCGAUACCUGAAGCGUGAGGUCCUCGGCGAGGGUACCUAUGGCGUCGUUUACAAAGCUAUUGAUACUAAGACAGGACAGAUGGUAGCCAUUAAGAAAAUCCGGCUGGGGAAGUACAAGGAGGGAGUAAAUUUUACUGCUCUUAGGGAAAUUAAAUUGCUUAAGGAGCUCCAAGAUCCCAACAUAAUUAAGUUGUUUGAUGCUUUCCCUCACAAGGAAAACCUUCACCUUGUGUUUGAGUUCAUGGAGAGCGACCUUGAAGCCGUCAUUCGAGAUAGGAAUAUUUUUCUUUCUCCUGCUGACAUCAAGACUUACAUACAAAUGACAUUGAAAGGGCUUGCCCAUUGCCACAAGAAAUGGGUUCUCCACAGGGACAUGAAACCAAAUAACUUACUUAUAGGAGCUGACGGGCAUCUUAAGCUAGCUGACUUUGGUUUGGCACGUAUAUUUGGAAGCCCAGACCGCAAAUUCACCCACCAGGUUUUUGCUCGAUGGUAUAGGGCACCUGAAUUGUUGUUUGGCACUAAGCAAUAUGGAUCUGGGGUGGAUGUUUGGGCUGCAGCUUGUAUAUUUGCUGAACUUCUCCUCCGACGACCCUUCCUACAGGGCUCCAGUGAUAUGGAUCAAUUAGGAAAGAUCUUUGCAGCUUUUGGGACCCCAAAGGCUUCCCAAUGGCCUGACCUGAUUCAUCUUCCAGAUUAUGUAGAAUACCAAUUUGUUCCUGCUCCUCCAUUGCACUCAUUGUUUAAAAUGGCAAGUGAUGAUGCUUUAGAUCUAUUAUCAAAGAUGUUCACCUAUGACCCAAAAGCAAGAAUUUCUGCUCAGCAGGCAUUGGAGCACAGGUAUUUUUCAUCUUUACCUGCACCAACAAAACCAGCUUUGCUUCCCCGGCCUGUCCGUAAGGGAGAGUCUAAGCCUUCAGAUUAUAAUCCACAUGAUGGUCCUAUUGUCUUAUCUCCCCCGAGAAAGUCUAGGAGAGUCAUGGUCCAACGUGAGGGGCUUGAUGGAAAUACAUAUCAAACUGCUAAAGUUGAUGACCAUGCAAAUGAAGCAACUGAUGGGAUCUCAGGAAGGAGUGAAAUUAUGCCAAUGUCAAUAGAUUUGUCUGUGUUUGGAUCAAGACCUCCUCCCAGACCAACACUGAACAGUGCUGACAGAACGCAUUUAAAGAGAAAAUUGGAUCUUGAAUUUCUUACAUCCUGAAGGAGGAAUAAUCCACGCUUGAUCCGUUGCUUGGACUGAGGAUGCAUCAGUUAUUCCAAAUGUUGAUGGUUCUGAGUGUGUUUUUCCCAUCUCCUUCAUUGGAAAACUCUGAAUCGAUGGUGGAAAUGAGACGGGGUGGAGUAUGUGCUUCUGUGGUGUUGAAUUUGGUGUCGGCGUUACUCUGAUGGUUCAUUUGGAUGCUGCUAUUCUACUUUUGGAGAGUCUUAAAUAUUUGGAGUCAAUUUUUCUUUUAAUAAUUCUUCAACGGAAUUGUAUAAUAGCAUGAUCAAGCUAUUUAGGAUUUUGUUUCCAUUAAUGCCCCUGAUUGAGUUACAAGAAAAAGGACAGAUUUCCUGUUUGUAGGUGGGAAUAUCCACAAUUUCAUGUCUUGAGUUGUUGCAUUCUUUUUUCUUUUUUUUUUUUUUGGUGGGGGGGUGUAAACAGAAGCUUGGAAGUGUAUUUUGAAAAACUGAUAAAACUGUUACGGAAAAGCUUUUCUUUGGCUUU